AUGUCUUUUUUGAAAGAUAUAGAGAAACUCGCGCAACCUGUAUUUCAACUGCCUGAUUUAGAAGAUGAAGACAUCGAUGGCACUUCUUCCAAGGCUGUUUCUAAAACCAAAUUUGCCGCUGAUGAUGAAGUAUCUAAUUUGAGGAAGAAAGUUAUUGCAUUGGAUGUUGACAACAGUUCAAAAUAUGGCGGGACUAAGGUUUCUCGAGAUGAUAUUUUUGAUGAUUUCUCUGGCAUGGCAGGACUUUCUGAUCAGCCUACCGCAGAAAACGAACAUGAAGACUAUGGUGCUGCUAGUGGUGAGAGUGAUCUGGAUGAGGAAUCUGAUAUAGAGGAAGGCAAGACAAAUGGUAUUCAAAGAAAAGGAAAAAACGACGACGUACAAGACAGAGGCAGUGGUGAAGAUCUAGAAUCUGAAGAUGAGCCUUCUCCGACGACCUCUGAUGACAGCGAAGGCGAUGAAGACGAAAGUGAAGGUGAAGAGAAUAAUGAGCAUGAAGAACAACAAAACGAUGAUGAGGGAAAAGCGGUAACCAUGAAAGACCUCAUGAAGAAUGUAGAUCAGGACAAGCAGCAGCGAAAAGGAGAGUCUGUCCGUGCUCAGUCCGAGAUAUGGGAGCAAUUAUUGUACGUUAAAAUCAAACUGCAUGCUGCCCUCACAGCGUUCAACCAGCUACCUCGCGGACAGUUAGCUAAAGAUCUUCUCAAAGAAGCCGACGAAGAUACUGCAAAAAACCUCAAAUUAGCCCAAAAGAAUGCGCUGAAGUUGGUGUCCAGCUUACUGGAAGCAGAAAAUCUGCUGCUGGCGUUAUCGUCUUUCACAAAGUCAAUAAAUGGAGGGGACGAAGGUAAUACUACGUGA